UUCCAAGUGUUGGUACAUUCCUAGACUUCUAAAAUCGAAACUAUCAAUUACUUUCCCAUCAUUAAUAAACAGGCGAUAGUAGGUAGGCAAACAAAAUGUAGUUGCUAAGCUACAAUACCUACCUACUUUAGGUCAGUACGGCACGUACCGCAACUAAGUUUAUCAACCAUCACUCCCACGUCUCCCGCCGUCCGCUCUAGAUUAGAUUCACCGAUUCUCACGCAACGGACGCGCAAACAUGGCGCCGCGAACAUCCAUCGAAGAGUUCAAGCAGCUCUUAAGUUCUAGCAACAGGGUCCUGGCUCUCUGUGGUGCCGGUCUAUCAGCAGCCUCUGGACUUCCAACCUUUCGUGGUGCUGGCGGUCUAUGGCGCAAUCACGAGUCCACUUCCCUCGCAACCCCAACGGCCUUCAAAAAGGACCCAGCCCUUGUUUGGUUAUUCUACGCAUGGCGUAGACACAUGGCGCUAAAGGCGAAUCCCAACCGUGGCCAUUAUGCCCUUGCCGAGUUGGCCAAGAAGAUGGACAACUUCCUGUGCUUAACUCAGAACGUUGAUGGUUUGUCGCCACGCGCUGGACAUCCCGAAUCUAAGCUUCGACUCCUUCAUGGGAGCAUCCUUGAUAACAAAUGCUUCAACGACGAUUGCGACUACGUCGACCGGAAUAAUCUAAGCGACCCCGUAUGCCCGGCUCUCGCCCCUGCCGCUGAGGACUACCUGCCUGACCAGACUCUUCCGUUACUCGAUCCUAACGUUCCCGUACCGCCCAUCAAGGUCGAGGAUCUCCCGCAUUGUCCGAAUUGCAAGACGGGCUUGCUCCGACCCGGCGUCGUUUGGUUCGAAGAACCUCUCGACGAACAGAUGCUCACAGAUGUUGACAGCUGGAUCUGGCAAGGACGCAUCGAUAUUAUGCUCGUGAUUGGAACGGCGGCUGUCGUCUAUCCUGCUGCAGGUUAUGCGCACCAGGCUGUAGAACAGGGGGCUAUUAUCGUGGUAGUGAAUCCCGACCCUGACUCAGCAGAAGGCCUAUUGGAGGAAGAUUUCUUCUUUCAAGGAGACGCUUCUGAACUCCUACCGAAACUCUUUGAGGGUGUUAUCGGGAAGAUGGAUGAGAACGGGAAGGUCCUGUAAAUCCACUAGAUAUGAGAUGUUGUUUUCUUAUGAUACCCCGUUUAUAAUGCGAUAAGUAUUGCGCAAACGAUAUAUAAAGUGCUUGGCCGAUAAAAUCAAGGAUUUGGUCGUUAUUAAAAUACCACCUCGUCUUAGUAAAGUAUCGAAACCCCCAGCAGCAAAUCGUAUUCAUAGUUCCGUUAAACCAACAGAAGUACUAUUCUAAUAAGAUACGAUAGUAAUUUUAUACGAGUAUAACUUCAAUCGUCAAGUAGAAGUAUCCCAACCUAUUUUAUCCAUUAAACCAAAAUAUUGAUUACCUAUUCAUGAAACGAUCUAUUUUCCCUCGUAACUGGUAAGAUGGCUGCGUUUAUGUCAUAUUAUAUUUGUGUAUUGGCGACUACGUGAUCAACUACUGGUAACAUAUUGAAGGGCGGAGAAAUGAAGUUGGUACGUCUAGGUACCUAACCCCUUCACGAUCACCUUCUCAUCAACAAC